AUGGAAUCUAUGCUUUCGCGGCUAACUUCCGGUUCCAUCUGUUCGUCCUUGCCAUUAUUAACUCCAACUGCAGUUUGGUCAAUUCCAAUCACUCCUCCAAGCCCAACAACAUCCAAACUCCUCUUUCCUUCCCCCGCAGUAUGUAGAUGCAAGAACUUAGAACAGCCGGAGCUUCUCCCAGGACUUCCGAAAGAGUAUUAUGACGAUGAAUGGCAAGCACGACAAAGGGAGAAAACCAAGGAGUUUCAUCGGAUGCGGCAAGAGGAAGAGGAUGAAGAAGAAAGGAUAGUGGAUGAAUACAGAGAAAUUGCAUUACGGCUUAGAAAUUAUCCUCAAGAAGACCUCGUCAAGGCCAGGUUGUUGGUUGCCGACUUCAUUAAAUCAGCUGAAGAAGUUGAAGAGAAAAUCGAGGAAGCUGCUGAAAAGGGAGAGCUCAAUGAACUUGUUCUGCUGGUCAUAUGGAAUCGCCUUGAUCUUGCUCGGCGUGAUGAUGAAAAAGAUGCUAUUCGAAGUCUUGAUCUUUUGUAUAGGAGGGUUGAGACUGAGAUCUUGAAACGGGAGGCAACACCUGCCAUGAGGCUGCUUAAUGACCUAUUAAAUUUGCAUGAUGGAUUUGAUGAUCAAAGUUGGCUGAAGGAGUGUAAAAAGCGCAUGAUUGACACAUUCCCACGAGAGGAUCCGUUUAGCAUCCUUGUUCCACCUGGAUUCGACAUUGACAAGCAUGAAGGGCCAUUGGCUCCAGCCCUUGCCUUGGAAGCCAAUGAUGUUCUUUUAAGAGUAGAUUUUGUGCGGGAGGUUGACGAAUUGUUGCGAGAAGUUCGUGUGGAGCAGGACGAAAUGCAAAAUUCGCAAGGCCUUGAUCCUGAAUCUGUUGCAUUUAGAUUGAAGCAUCAGGAGAAGCAGAGAGCCAUUCACCAAGUGGAAGCUUUGUUGGAUCUGGCUGUUAACUUGAAUUGGUAG